UUUGCCAAAUAUUUCGUGGGUGCCAAAAACUCUGGGAGGAUGAGAUCGCCCCCUCUCAACCAAGCUGCCACUGGUCAUAGCGGAAAUUCUAGAAAAUGGCCCAACUUAGUGGAGCUGAGAUUUGUUACCAAUUGA